ACGCCUUGAUGCAACUUCAUUCUUGUCAUUUAAUAUCAGAUUUGGACCUAAUUGUGGCAAACAUAUCGAAAACUUUGCGCUUGAAUGCUUUUAUUAUAUCCUUGGGAGCCUUGAUCUUUUGUUUCCUGGUAUGGUGGCUGCGCUGGCAGUAGUCUGAAGGAUACAAGGGAGAGCAAGAAACAAAUCCCAAAGACGUCGCGAUGCUGUCGCAAGCAAGACCGAGAACUUGCACGCUACUCAGACGACAUGUUUAUGCAUUGAGUCCCAAGGACAGCAGUCAAUGGCAAAGAACCAAUGUCUGGCAAUUGGCAGUGCCAAAUCGAGUUGAGUCCGCGAGAUGGGUGCAUCAACCUUUUCGAAGGGUUAAAGGAUUGCGGCCACCUCCACCUCCUUCCAUCCUAAAUGCCUCACUGAGAGAUCUGAGCCGCCUUGAGGUGACAUCAAACGUGGUUGCAACACCUCGCCAUGUCAGUGACAUGCUGCAAACCAUUUCCCAACUCCCCCCUAGUCCACAUCCUGUGCUGUACCUCAACUCUGAAGGUGCCAACUUGUGCCGGGAUGGUGACAUAUCCGUCGUCGCCAUCUUUGUAGAGCCCAAGAGGCAUGUCUACCUCGUCGACGUUCAAGAGCUGGGCGAGCAGGCCUUUAACACGACAGGGUCUGGAACGUCGCUCAAGCAGAUAUUGGAGUCGGCCGAUGUACCCAAGGUUUUCUUUGACGUCCGCGACGACGCGAGCGCACUCUUUGGCAUCUACGGCAUCCGACUCCAGGGCGUGCAAGACGUCCAGCUCAUGGAGAAUGCGAACCGCGAAGAAUGGACCCGCCGCUUUCUCCAUGGGCUCCGCCGCUGCAUGGAACUCGACGCGCCGGUGGUGGAAGAAGCACAGAGGGAAGCCUGGCUCGAGACCAAGGAGAAGGGCUUGGCCCUGUUCAACGGCGAAGACGGCGGCUCCUGGGAGCUUUUCAGGCAGCGUCCGCUCCCUCAGAUUUGCAAUGAGUACUGCGUCCACCAGGUCAAGUGGCUCCCAUUGAUCUAUGCUGCGUACACAAGGCGGUUCAGCAAGAUGAUCAGGGGUCAGGAAUGGCGCACAAAGACGGCUGUCGAGUCCAACAAGCGGGUGGAAGAGGCUCAAACGCCCUCUUACCAGUCGAGUUCGCCAAAAAACGUGCAAGGACCAUGGGGCGGCCCUCACCCGAACGACUCGAAAUGGCGCCAAUAUAUUACUAAGUUGAUGGAGGCUCGUGCCAAGGAAGGGGAGACCGGAAUCCCAUCUAAAAAGCGGGGAAGAUACACAGUGCGCAGACUUCGUCUUGAGGCCAAUGCCGAUGCUGAAAAAAGGGGGACUGAUGGUGCAUCUACAGAGCCUGUAGUGGCUACUGCCUAGCCUGCGACGAGGCAUCAGGCAGGAACAGCAUAGGCUCGGGGCGAUGUGACAUGGCCAUGACCAUGAGAGCGGCUUUCAUUGGCUUGGAAUGCCAUGCUUGUAGCAGGCCAAAUUCACUUUGGGUCAGCGGAUUGUUUUUUUCAUCGCUGGGACACUGUAUUUUACCAGUCCAUGUAAGAGAUGGUCUGGACUAGGAUAUCCACGGGCAUUAUGUACAACAUUGUAAUCGACUGCCAUAAUUGCCGCAAAGCAUGAGAGGGUUUAGACAUGACUUUUGGUAUCAUGGUCAUCAUUGAUUUCAUAUUCUACAUACUACGCAAUCUCAUCCGGUGAGCUCGCGUACAAAUACGAAUCUUUUGGACUGAAAACGAUGGAGGUUCCGUGAUGUCCGCCGAGGAGCCCAACGCCGUACCGAGUCAAGCACAGGCCGAAUAAGGCAAGACGCCGGACGUGGGU